UAUGAAGGCAUGCUAAGCCGUGCCGGAGAGUAGUUUUUUCCGAGGGCUGCGCUCUUUUCAGUAGAGCUCAAGGACUGACAAUCUCCUCCGCUGUUUUCCUCUACCUACAAGACCCCCCCACCCCAAAAAGUUGUGAUGCUUUUCUUCACCCAGUGCUUUGGGGCUGUGUUAGAUCUCAUUCAUCUCAGGUUUCAGCACUACAAGGCGAAGAGGGUCUUUUCGGCUGCCGGGCAACUUGUCUGUGUUGUCAACCCCACGCAUAACCUAAAGUAUGUAUCCACCAGGCGUGCAGUCACACAGAAUACUCCAGAGCCAGCUGGCUUCCAUGCCCACCAUCACAUCCACCACCACCACCGCCACCACCAACCACAACAACACCAUCUUCACCACCACCGGCAUCACUCCCUUCCUCACCACCUUCACCACCAGGAGGCAGUAUUGCACGAGGCUCCACUUCCCCUCUGCAUCUGCCCUUUAUUCUCCUGUCAAUGGGAAGGCCAACUGGAGGUGGUAUUGUCCCACCUGAGGCAAAGCCACAGAAUUGACAUCCUGCAGGGAGCAGAGAUAGUCUUCCUGGCCACAGACAUGAACCUUCCAGCACCAGCUGAUUGGAUCAUCAUGCAUUCCUGCUUGGGCCACCACUUCCUCCUGGUGCUGAGAAAGCAAGAGAAGUAUGAGGGCCACCCACAGUUCUUUGCCACCAUGAUGCUGAUUGGGACCCCAACUCAGGCUGACUGCUUCACUUACCGCCUAGAGCUCAACAGGAACCAACGGCGUCUGAAGUGGGAGGCCACACCCCGAUCGGUCCUGGAGUGCGUGGACUCCAUCAUCACUGAUGGUGAUUGCCUGGUACUAAACACCUCCCUGGCCCAGCUCUUCUCUGACAAUGGCAGUCUGGCAAUUGGGAUUGCAAUCUCAGCAAGCAAGGUCCACACCCCUGAAGUUGAGAUCUAAAGGACAGAGACAUGCACACACACUUACCGCCUCCAAGAACAACAAACCAUUGGUUGUCUCCGUGGUUUCUGGAUGUCAAGACUCUAGACUUUUUUCUUCUUUUUUUGGUCUCAGGUCUUUUGUGGUAUUUAGUAUUUGUCUGCCAUAGGCAUUAUGUUAUGUAUACAUCCUGUGAUUUAAGAUCUCAAUGUAAUGUAUUUCCUGUUUUGUUGAUACAAUUUUAUGUAGUAUUUUAAAGAUAGUUAUCCAAUCAGAAUGGUUAUUUCUAUCCACCAUGACUCUCCACAAACACACACACACACAUCACAAACACACACACACACAUGCAUACAGGCAUGAUUGAACAAAAUUAAUAAGUUCAUGAAACCACUCACACGUGAGUGGGCAAGUCCAUGAAACCAACCAGAGAGAUACAUGGUGUCUUAAAAGAAUGGGGUUACAUCUUUCUCCUGUCUAUUUCAUAACUGGCCAAAUCUGGGGUACCCCUUUUCAGCACAUCAAGUAAUAAGGUCUAAUUGACUCAGGCAUCUGGUAACCCUUAAUUAGCACUUAACCACAAAGAUGACAUCUAUAUACAAUAUUGGGGGCAAGGAUAGGAAUUAUAACAUGCAUUCCCUACAGAUCUAGUUCUGCGAUUCAAGAUGGACAUUAAAUACUAAGUGCAGCUUUAGAAGGCUCUCAUAGGUUUUUUCCACUUUAAGAGAUAGCAUUGUUCUUUGAAAGAGCACAGGGUUUUGAAGCAAAGGACCUGGGUUCAAAUACCAGCUCUCAUUUAUUGCCAGCUUUUAACUUUGGGAUUUACAGUUGGAAGGAACCUUAGAGAUCACCUAUCCAACCCCUUCAUUUCAUAAUAAAUGUUUACUUAAUGAGCUUUAUGGAUGAGGAGACAAAUCCAGAGAGUUAAAGGUCACACAGAUAGCAAGUAGAGUUGGACUUUGGUACCAAAUUUUCUCACACACAAUCCAGUUAUUUUCCCAAUACAAGAGGAUGAUAUUGAGUCUUAUCUUCCCUAGAACUAGACUCAAAAUUACCCAUCUUUUUUUGAUGGUCUCCUGAGCAUUCCCUUGUCCUGUAAUUUUCAAGAAGAAUUCACUAUGACAUCAAAUGUGAGAGAAGGAAAGAAAGGCAGAAAAAGCCAAAAAAGAAAGUAACACAAACAUCUCUCUCUCUGAAAUGCAGUUAUUUCCCCAGAUAGUCUGCUUCAUAAUGCAGUUAUGAAGCCUGACAGUUCUGUCACCUGGCUCUUAAUACCUUACAACCUAUAGCUCCAUAAUGACAUUGAAUAGAAUGAAUUUAGAGCAUGAUACACAGAUCCCAUAGCAUAAAUGAUAAAUAACCCAUAUUCAAAAUGAAGGGUCCUCUGUUUUGUCUUCUGCAGACAACUGAAUGGUAUCCUCUUCAUAGGCAGUCCUUCAUAUAUUUGAAUUCAAUGCAAUGUAGCAGAUAUUGAUUGAGAAUCUGUGAUGGGCAAGGGAAUGGUAGAGUACACAGAGAUGAAGACCAGAUUCCUGCCCUAGAAGAGCUCACAACUUCCCAAGAGAUUUUUCUCACUCAUAUUAUAUAUUCUAAAAUAUUCCAUGGACACCACCACUCAACACAUAAACACAAUCACCAGAAACAUAAAAAUCAAUGGUACCCUUUGUUCCAUAGAUUGGUGCUAAAUGUUCUGCAAGGUAACUUGGGUGAACCCAGAAGCUACCCUUUAAGAGUUUAGGAUUAAGAGUCAUAGAAGAGGUUAAGAAGAAACCUCAAUUAUUCAAUUGGCCCAGCCUUAAAACCAUUGAAUGAGAAACAUUUAGUGCAGGUAGCCAUCUAUUUUCCAGGGUCAAAUAACAUCAGCCUGCUAUAUAACCCAUAUUAGUACUUUGUUGCAAUUAAGAUCAAGCAUUCAUACCAAUACCCAACACAAAUCUUUCCUUGAUUUCACUUAAGCCCAUUUCCUUUGUCUUCUGUGGAUAUAGAAAUCAGAGUUGUGGGGGUGAGAGAACAUUAUCCUCAUUAAUAAAUAAACAAAAAUUUAUUAAGCCUACUAUAUGCU